AUGAUUCGGACCAUGGAGGACGAUAUUCUAGAGUUUCAUCAAAGCAUCGAAACCAAGGAAGACAUGGCUCAAACAACCCUUCACAUAAAUAUCGUCGAAACCAUUCAAGUGAUAACAGUUCAGAUUCCGAUCAAGGAAAACACAACCGAAAUCGGUACUAGAGGAAAUUCUCCUCAAUUACCUAACACAGUGCGUUAUUCUGAACAUAUUUAA